CCGGCAUCGGGCCUAAGCAGCAUCUACUCGAAAUGGGAAUACCAAACAUUGUUGAUUUGUCAGUUGGCAAAAAUCUUCAAAAUCAUGUCGGUUGGCCAGGUUUACAUUUAACUUACAAGAACAAGACCGCGACACCGCCAUCGCCCACAUUUAUAUUGGACGAAGCUUAUCAAUAUCUGAUACAUAAACGAGGUAUUUUGGCAACCAAUGGUGGCUUAAAUUUUGUAGGUAAUGUCAAUGUAAAUAAUGCGAACUCCAAAUAUCCCGACAUACAGUUUUUUCACUUUCACUAUCCACGGUGGGAUGUAGAUAAUGUGAACACAAUAUGGAAGGUAUUUCCAGCAGAUGAGGAGAUAAAGCAGAAUGUAUUGAAAAUGCUUCAGGAAUUUGAUAUGGCAGUAUUCAUGCCGUGUCUAAUAAAACCGAAGAGCUCGGGUGAGUUGUGGCUACGUAGCAGGAAUCCCGCGGUUCCUGUUAAGAUCUAUGCGAACACUUUCUCCCAGCAAGAAGAUGUUGAAACGAUGAUGAAGGCCUUAGACUUCAUAAAGAAAAUGCUGAAGACCGAGACAUUUACACGACGCGGAGUAAGGCUAUAUUAUUUAGACAUUCCGGGUUGUCGACACACUGAACCUGAUUCGGAUGAGUAUUGGAGAUGUCACUUGCGACAUUUGUCUACCAUGUUCUAUCAUCCCGUUGGUAGCGUUAAAAUGGGUCCACGAAACGAUCCUACGGCUGUAGUGGACGCUAGAUUAAGAGUACACGGAAUGCAAGGUCUGAGAAUCAUCGAUGCAUCUAUCAUGCCAACAAUCACUAGUGGACCCACGAAUGCACCUACGAUAAUGAUAGNCAAGGAGGAUUGGGCAGCUGUGGAGAACACGCAUGAAUUAUAG